GCUUGCAAAUGUAUUGAUUUUCCCUAAAAAAGAAAUUCCCAACUAAGAAAUUGAGGAACAUGGAUGUGGCGCUGGGUCAAAGCAGCAAACUCAGUCAAAGAGGUCCUGGGAACUUUGAAGAUGAGAACGCUUGGCUGCAGGAAUGGAUCCAUGAAGAACUUGCCCAUGGUGAAAUCUGUCAGAAGCAAUAUGAGGCACUAUUAGGGCAUCAUGCCCAACUCUGCUCCUUGCUACAGACCAAGAGUCUUAAACCUCUGGAGAAAAAAACUCGAGCAUUACAAGAGGAGCUGGAGGAAACCCAAGACAUUCUGCAGGAGUGUCAGAACCGAAGCCGUCAACGCCAGCUGCACAUCCACAAGCAGGAAAAGGAAAAUCAGAGAAUGGCUGAGACAGUUAAAGACCUGGAAAAAAAGGUCUUCAAGCAACAGUUGGAGGAGAAGUCCAACAAAGACACUCUAAAGGAGCUGAGAUCAGAAGGCAGUGAACUGAAGAGGCACUUGUCUGAAUGGGAAGCCAAGUGGAAGACAAAGAAUGACAGGAUCAGGCAGAAACAGCAGCACAUUGAGAAACUGAGCGCAGUAAUCCAAGAGCUGUCUCUGAAGAGCCAGGAGCUGCACCGAAGCAUCACCUUCUUGGAAGACAAUGUGGUGGAAGCUCAACAGGAAAUAGCGCUUUUCCAGAGAGAUGCACUAUCUGGAGAAAUGGAGACCACAGCAAGGGGCUUUCUUUGGGAGGAACAAGUGUGUGACCAGAUGAAAAAACUGCCAUGUCUGGAACUAUACAGAACUAAUUCCAAAGAGCACCUCCCAUCCAUAUCCUUCCCACGUCCAACUCUCCAGGCUGCCUGGAGGCUGCUGUGGGCCUUGGCCAAGGUCCUGCUUCUGAUCCUGCUGUUGGCUCUGGCUUUCUUCCAUGGCUGGUUCUCCAGGCAGCCAUGCUUGCAGCUGCACUCAACUCCCCUGCUCUACGUCCAGUCCAAGAGGUUGUUCCCCCCUUUAGUUAUGUGAAGGCACUUAGGCACCUAUCAUUAAUGACCUUUAAUAAAAUUGAAUAACAAUCACAGGAAACCUCUCUGUUUACCUGAAAUUGGAACCAGACAUGACAUUUGCUGUGCAAUUUUUCUUUAUGUGGUUGUUUUUUAUUCACAACAGCCAGACAAGAAAAUCUGACCUUAAUUUGGAACCACAAGUUUAUUAUUAUUGUUGGUUGCACAGUCAGCCAGAUAUUUAG